CCCUCGCCUCCCGCGCAGGCCCCGCCGCCGGAAGACGCGCUGCCGGCGCCAUGUCGAAGAAAAAAGGAUUGAGCGCAGAGGAAAAGAGAGCCCGCAUGAUGGAAAUAUUUUUUGAGACGAAAGAUGUAUUCCAGUUAAAAGACAUGGAGAAGAUUGCUCCCAAGGAGAAAGGCAUUACUGCUAUGUCAGUAAAAGACGUUCUUCAAAGCUUAGUUGAUGAUGGUAUGGUUGACUGUGAGAGGAUUGGAACAUCUAAUUAUUAUUGGGCUUUUCCAAGUAAAGCUCUUCAUGCAAGAAAACGUAAGUUGGAGGUUCUGGAAUCUCAGUUAUCUGAGGGAAACCAAAAGCAUGCAAACCUUCAGAAAAGCAUCGAGAAAGCUAAAAUUGGCCGACAUGAAACGGAAGAGCGAACCAUGCUACUAAAAGAGCUUUCUUCACUUCGACAACAAAGGGAACAGCUAAAGGCAGAAGUAGAGAAAUACAAAGAAUGUGACCCACAAGUUGUGGAAGAAAUACGUCAAGCAAAUAAAAUAGCCAAAGAAGCUGCUAACAGAUGGACUGAUAACAUAUUUGCAAUAAAAUCUUGGGCCAAAAGAAAAUUUGGGUUUGAAGAAAAUAAAAUUGAUAAAAAUUUUGGAAUUCCAGAAGACUUUGACUACAUUGACUAAAAUAUUUGAUGUUGGUAAAGGAUCUACGUGCUUGUGAAUAUGUAAAUUUUUAUAUUAUGGAACCAAUUGUACUAAGUUGUCAUUUACCUGUAACUGAUUAUCAUUUUAUUAAUUUUAAAUAAAGUAAAAGGUGUAGAUGUUUUUCACUCUUUGCGAUUGCUUGAAAGCAGGAUAGCCAUAUUCGUACAGUGCUCAUCAAAGUAGGAUAGUGCAAGUAAAGCCAUCCACCU